CAAAAAAGAAGAUAAUGGCGUCCUCGUCGUUGUUCACUACAAUCAAUGCGCGAACUAGGGGCCCCUUCAAGCCGCGUUCCGCCGCCAAGGGUACGACGAGUUAUCAGCUGAGACAGUUUGCAGAGGCAACCCUGGGAAGCGGCAGUUUGAGGAAGGCCGUGAAACUACCCGAGGGGGAAGAUCUCAAUGAGUGGCUGGCUGUUAAUGUUGUCGAUUUCUACAACCAGAUAAACCUUCUCUACGGAUCGAUCACAGAAUUCUGCUCCCCGCAAACAUGUCCCGAGAUGAAGGCGACAGACGAGUUCGAGUAUCUAUGGCAGGACUCGGAAAACUACAAGCGGCCUACCAAAAUGUCGGCUCCCGCGUACAUCGAGCAUCUGAUGAGCUGGGUACAGAGUAAUGUCGAUAACGAGGCCAUGUUUCCCAGCAGACUGGGCGUUCCCUUCCCCAAGGCAUUCACCAACCUCAUCCGACAGAUCUUCAAGCGCCUGUAUCGCGUGUACGCACACAUCUACUGCCACCAUUACCCUGUAGUUGUGCAUCUGGGGCUCGAGCCUCAUCUGAACACCAGCUUUAAGCAUUAUGUCCUCUUCAUCGAUGAGCACCAUCUGGCGAGUGGGAAAGACUUCUGGGGGCCACUCGGCGAUCUGGUCGAGAGCAUGCUGCGUAGCGAUUAAUGUCUGAUUCCACGCAUCGGCGGAAUUUCCACUGGCGUUUUCGGUUGGCUGUACAUGAUUAGAACUGGUGGAGAUUCAUGGCGUUUUUUUAGUUUGCAUAAGGAACAAUUGACAGAUGGAAGUAAACAAAAUAAAAGAACUCCUGG